AGAUGGCUUCACUUCCUCUUUCUCGAGGAUCAACCUACUCUAGCUCAGAUUCGGAUGAUUCAGAUGCAGACAGUGCUAUGCUGGCAUCGUGUAGUCUGCAAGAGAUCCGACAAGAAGAUCUAGCUGCCAUUUUACCUGACCAACAGGAGAUUGAUGCUUUCGAUUUUGAGUGCAACCGAAGUGAUAAGAACUCUCCUACAACAGGAGACAUGUCAGGAUCUGACAUGGAGCUUCCCCAACAAGCAGUCAACGCCUUGAUCCAAAGGACAACGGAGAGUUCUAGCGAAGGAGAAUCUCACGCACCUCCUAAUCCUAAUAGUUUAUAUGCGAAUAGCUUGUUGCAACAAUUCGUGGCACAGACACAGAUGCUAAAUGCACCAUGUCCUACUAUACCAGCUGUAAAUGAAAAUAUAAAGCCUGCUGUACUUACUGCAACCACAUUGGACACUCAAAGUGCUAAACCUGAUGUGGAGAACAUAAAGAAACGGCGAGGCAGGCCAAAGAAAGUUGAAAAAGAAGCUGUUUCAGAAAAACCGCAAGAAUAUUGCACCAAUCCAAAUGUGUCCCCAGAUUCUGGCAUUCAAAAUAGUCCAGAUCAUGUUUCCAGUCCAGAACCUAGUCUAUCACCUAGUAUAAAGCAAAAGUCUGCUGUGUGUCCAAAAGAAGAUGCAAAAAAGGUGGAAAAGUCCCUACCCAAGAUGGUAAAAAAUGAAAAAGCUGUGACUAAAACUAACAAUAAUGUGAAACAAGUACCUGCGAUUGUUAAAUCAAAAGAAGUAAAGGAAGUGAGUAAAAUCUCAGUAACGUCCAAUAGAUUUGAUAGAGUUAUGUAUGGAAAUGCAGAUAGAGUAUUAUACCCACCUAGAAGGAAAGCUGGAAGACCACCUGCAGUUAAAAAAGGUCCUGGAAGGCCACCCAAACACCGAACAACUCCAGAAGCAACCAUCGUGAAACCGGUGGAAAAAUUGAAAGAAAACCAACAAAAAGUUGUGAAAGCUAGAAUGAGAAACAGGCCGGUGCUUAGUACAAAGAAUAGAAUUGACAAAAGAAACCGUUAUCAGACACUCAAAGUUCCAAAACUUAUGCACAGCAAACACAAGCAUAAGAAACACAAAAAAUACAAAUUUAAAGUUUUCAAACCAAUGUCAACUUCGGAUCCAAAAAUCAAUAUUGAAAUUGACAAGCUCAUAGCAGAUUUCAUCAAAUAUUGCGCUAUAGCAACCAAACAACCAAAGGAAAAUGUACCGGAGCAAAUAUUUAAGACUCUUAAGAAAGUAACAAAGAAAAGGAAAACAACAGAAUACUCAGAAAAGAAGAAAAAGAAACAGAAUGUCAGCACAACUGAUAACAAGGUAAAUAACUCAAAUGAACAAAGACUGCCUCUUAAGAAAAGACAUUAUCAUGUGGUGAACAAUAACGAAAACAAAACCGAAACUGAAGAAAUCAAACCUGAGCCAGAAGAAGGCCUGAAAAAUAAAAUGAAGCAAAGUAUUCCUGCAACAAAAGUAGAGAAACCGAAAAUGGGAAAUGUUACUCCAAAAACUGAAAUUCAGAAAUCUUCAGUAUCUCCUAGACAUGUUCCAGUAAUUAAAUCUAACAUAGUUGCAACUCCAAAAAUCCAAAACAUCAAUAAUAAUGAAUAUGAAGUGCAAGAAGCUACAAAGAUGAAUGUCAAAGACACUGGCAAGGUGGCUGUAAAAGAAAUUACUGAAAAGAGGUCAGUCAUUAAAGAAACUCCAAAAAUUGUCAAGGAUCCAUUGAAACCAGCUAAAGAACAAGUCAAGUCAGUCAAAGAACCUGUUAAAUCUCUAAAAGAAUCUAAACUGGUUAAAGAAACUAUUAAAGUCAUUAAAGAACCUUCCAAACCGCUUAAAGAAGCUGUCAAAGUAAUUAAAGAACCUUCCAAACAACUCAAAGAAGCUGUAAAACCGGUAAAAGAAGCUGCUAAAACAGUCAAGGAACCUCUCAAACCACCGAAGGAACCUGUAAAACCUGUUAAAGAAUAUGUAAAACCAGUGAAGGAAUCUAUCAAGCCAAUCAAGGAACCUGUCAAAUCUGUUAAAGAAACUGUCAAAUCAGUUAAGGAGUCUACCAAAAUUAUCAAGGACCCAACAAAACCGAUUAGGGAAACUGUGAAACAGGUCAAGGAACCUGUCAAAGAACCUGUCAAACUGGCCAAGGAACCUGUCAAACCGGCCAAGGAACCUGUCAAACCGGCCAGGGAACCUGUCAAACCGGUCAAGGAACCUGUCAAACCGGCCAAGGAACCUGUCAAGCCUGCUAAAGAACCUAUAAAACCAAUUGCUAAGGAGUUGUCUAAAACAGUUAAAGAGCCUACUAAGGUUAUUCCAAAAGAAACAACAAAAACAAUUAUAAAAGAUUCCAUAAAGAAAGGUGGUGGGCAUAUUGAUGCGCCCAUAGAAGUCUGCGUUACUAAAUUAUCAAAAGAAAAUGAUCCAACAAAUGAACCAGAAAGAAACCUUCCUUAAAUAACGUCAUAGAGAAAAAAUCUAAUUCUAUAACUACUACUCCAAAGAAAAGGCAUCGCCUAGAACUGACAAAUACGGUCGAAAAGCUAACAGCGAUCGUCAAAGAAGAACCUGGCAUGGAUAUUGAAGUGGAGAAACCAAAAAUUAGUAUUGAGUCGUUAAUAACUGAGUUAAAAGUUAAAAGAAAUCUUCUCCAGAAAUCGUCCACUAUUGAAGACAAGAAACCACCUGAAAACAUUGAAGAAAUCAUUAAAAAGGAGCAGCCAGCUGAUGAUCAAAGUACCAAGUUAUCACCAGAGUCAGCUAAAAAGAAGGUCAGAAAAAGAAGAGCUAUAAACAGAACAGGUUUUCCGACAGUAAAGAAGAGGAAGAAGAAACCAUCCAUCGAUUCUUCCUCCACUCUUCCAAUGGACUCACAAAUUUCAAAUGCCUGCGACCGUGUUCCAAAAGAAGGAGAAGAGUACACAAAGUUUGUUCAGAGAACAGAAAAAUCAGAGAAUUCAAUAUCGACACCAGGAACUCCCGAAAAAAUGAAAAUUGAUGAGUCUUCCAGGUGGGAGAUGAUGAGUGAAUGUGAAAGUUUACCCAUGGAUGAAAGGACGGAAUUCGAUGAUGAAAUGAAAUCAGAAAGGAUGACAUUACGUCACAGAGACCUAUCUCCCUCAUCAGUAGACACCAGAAGCAGUGACCGCAGCAAAUUCAAACUGGACGAUCCUGACGACUUUGACAUGUCUCUGGAUUCAGGUAUAGAACGCCUCAGAUCCAGAUUGGAAGAUAGAACGAAGCGAAAGAGAGGCAAGGAGCAACUGUACGAAAACAACUAUCCGAAGAGGAAAUUGAGAGAUAUAUCUCCCGCCAGUAGCAUAGAACCUUUCACGGAAAGGAGGUUGAAAGAGGACCGGGCGUCUAGUUCUGGCGAUGAGAAGAGAGGUAGAAAGAACUUCAAGUGGAGGAAGAGGUAUCUUGUGGCGGGGUUGUUUUCGGAUUACUACAAAGAAGAUGAUGAGACCAAACUUCAUAAACGUACUGAAAAUGCAAAUAAACCAACUCGCAAUUUGACCUACAACCCGUCAGAACAUCCUUAUGGACUUUUACCGCCACCCUACCAUUGUGGUAAAUUUCUGAGAUGCCGGAAAAUACCCUUCCAGUUGCCGUACGACAUCUGGUGGCAACAUACUCACUCACAGUUGCCAGGAAAAGACGCGGUGCCUUCAUGGAAUUACAGGAAAAUAAGAACAAAUGUCUACAACAUCAAAAAUACGACAGGAGCAUGCGAACCGCAGGCCUGUAAUUGUAAACCUUCCAGCAAUUGUGGAGAUGAUUGCAUCAACCGACUGGUGUAUUCGGAAUGUCCUGCUUCCCAUAGGUGUCUAAAUCAGAAGAUACAAAGACACGAAGGGGCUCCAGGAUUAGAAAAAUUCAUGACAGACUCAAAAGAUGGUGGCUUGGUGAUCGACGGACACCGCAUGGGAGGUGAUGGAAGGUUCGUCAAUCAUUCUUGUGCCCCGAAUUGCGAGAUGCAAAAGUGGUCAGUGAAUGGACAAUUCAGAAUGGCCUUGUUUUCACUUAGGGAUAUUCAGGCUGGAGAGGAGUUAACUUAUGAUUAUAACUUUUCUUUAUUCAAUCCAGCUGAGGGACAAGAGUGCAAAUGCGGUAGUGACCUCUGCCGAGGAGUAAUAGGUGGCAAAACGCAAAGGGUAAGACAACUUCCAGAUCAGUCUUCAGUGGACAGAAAGAACUCCGGUAGGGUGGGCAGACCGAGGAAAACGGAGGCGAAGAAGAAAUCCAACAAUAAUAAGGAGGUGGAAAAACCCCCGAUUUCUACUCCACUCUUACCUAUACUGCAGGUGAAACCUGUGAGUCAUCAGCAGAAAUGCUUUAUCUUGGAACAUCACUGUUUCUUAUUGAGGAAUUUAACUAAGGUCAGGAAAGUACGAGAUAGAUCUCUAAGUACGGCUUCAGCGGUAUCGAGGUUGCAAACCGCGACCCCUACAGACACCAGCACAUUCAUCAAUCAGCUGAACGCUCUUCAGAAACCAAGAAACAUGAAAACUAGACGAUUAGCGCAAGCUGAAGACGACCCGGAACUCAACAAAACCGUCAAACUAGCUACAUUGCUGAAAGAUAUAUGGACGGCUGUAACAACCGCCAAAGAUGACAAAGGCAAUCUGCUUAGUACCGCAUUCAUGACGAUGCCUUCAAAGCGGAAAGUUCCAGAAUUCUACACUCGUCUGAGCAAUCCUUUAGAUCUGACGACGAUUGAACAGAACAUAGCCACGGGUGUCUAUAAGAUCGCAGAGAGCUUCGACGACGAUUUUAAUCUACUCUUCCGGAAUUACAUCAGAUUUUAUGGUCGUACCAGUGAAAUGGGAAUCGGUGCUGCAAAAUUAAAGAAGAUAUAUACGGAUUCCAAGAGGGAUAGUCUCACGAAGUUUGAGGAUACCUUAGGAGAGAAACCGCCGUCUACGUUUGUUUCCAACAGAAAGAAAAGUGAAGAGGAGGACAUCAUCAGGUGCAUAUGCGGUAUACCUCGAGAUGAAGGAUUGAUGAUUCAGUGUGAAAGGUGCAUGGUCUGGCAACAUUGCGAGUGCGUAAAAGCUGACGCGUCUGCUGCCAGCUAUCAUUGUGAAGUAUGUGUACCAAGGAAAGUGGACUACGAGAUUCCUCUGAAUGAGUUCACUGAACAUGGGCACAGGUACUAUAUGACACUAAUGAGGGGAGAUCUUCAACUGAGACAAGGUGACACAGUUUACGUACUUCGAGACAUUCCUAUAAAAGGAACUGAUAAGAAACAUACCUAUGACACUAUAGGUAAGAUCGAGUACUCAGAAUUGGAUAUAUUUAGGAUCGAACGGUUGUGGAAGGAAGAAAAGACGGGUAAACGACUGGCGUAUGGACACCAUUAUUUAAGGCCCCAUGAAACCUUCCAUGAACCAACCAGGAAGUUCUUCCCAAAUGAGGUAAUGAGAGUACCUCUCUAUGAAGCCGUACCAGUGGAGUUAGUUAUUUCCCCUUGUUGGGUUAUGGACAUAAAUACUUACUGCAAGGGUAGACCUAUUGGUGCGGCCCCGGAACACAUCUAUAUAUGCGAAUACAGGGUGGAUAAAGGAGCUAAAAUAUUUAGCAAGGUAGCGGCAAAAUCCAAAUUUUCUAUAUGCACGAAAAGCUUUGCUUUUGAACAUUUCGAGACGCGUCUGAAAGUUGCCAGGACUUACUGUCCCCAUGAUGUCGAUGAGGCGUUAAUGAAGUCAGUGGGAAAGAAGAGGAACGAAGAAUUAGGUGGAAAAAAUAAAAUGAUAGAUGCAUGUGCAAACGUUAAAACAGAGGCAACGGCUACUUUUACAGUUCUUCCACCUAUUGUUAGAACGCCAGCGGAACAGAAGACGCGUCUUAAUAAAAUACUCUUGAAUCUCUUAGGCAAAAUGCCAACAAAACAAACCCUCGACGUAUCUUACUUACUAGAAGGAGGUCGCCGUAGGAAAAAGCAGCAAACCGAUAAUGCUACUAGUAAAUAAUAGUUAAUGUCUCAUCGGUUAUUGAAAUGGGUGAUAUUUUUAGAUAUUCUCUAUUACUUAGGUCAGUUGGGGUCAGGAACGAAUUUUCAGAACUUGGUUUAGAUCACUUUAGCCUGCAAUCUUAUAGCAUCAGAAAUGUAUAGGACAAAAGUUCAGGUAAUCAAUAAGGCAAGUCCAACCCCCUCGGAAAUACAAAGCACGUUUAUUGGUUGCUAGGGACUUUUUAGAAAGGCUGCGCGGUCAGUAAAAUCAAACACAACCUGAUAUUGUAAAAACUAAUAUUUUAUUUUGUUCCCGGUAGUUUAUCUUGGAUGCGUCAAGCGUUCAAGUCGCUCUGUCAAAAUUUAGUUGUCGUAAGGUCUAAGUUCUAGAACUAGCAGACUAGUUCGCAGUCUUUCAUGUAUAUGUUGGGGAAUCUAUCGAUUUGUUUCUUUCUUCUAAUUUAAGUUAAAUAUCGUAUUUAUAAGGGAUAAAAACACAAUUGAUGGCAAUGACGUUUAAUCUCAUAAAUACAAUAUUUAACACUGACCAUUGAAAAAAUAGUAAUUAGAACAAGUUGUGGAUAUUAGAUUUAAAUGACGCUGGUUGGUAAUUCAGUCAUAUCAAAAACCAUAAAUAUUAGCACAUGCCAUGGAUGACUUGUGAUUACACUUCAAUUACCAAUUCAAAGGUUGUUUGUAAACAUAUAUUAUUCAAAAUUUUACUAAGAAAAUUGCAAACAAGUUAGGUUAAGUUUACUGUAAUGAUUUUAACUAUCUUUUAAUUUAUUAUAAAAAAAAAUGUUUGACACGUAGCGUAGGUUGAGUUUACCGAAAGUACAAGCUGAUGAAGUAGCAAAUGUCAAACAUGGAACAAAAAAUUUUGGCACAGCAGUGUUGGCAUGUUUUUAUAACGUAGAUGCUGUAUGCUUUAAAUAUAAAAAGAAAGCUUUAAAAAAGUUCAUUUUGUUUAUAUUAUGUUAUAAAUUCUGCAAUUUUUGAUUUGUAUAAAACAAG